CCGUCAGUCCUCUAUCCGGCGCACGUUAGCCACCACCCCUACCAACAACGCAAUUCAACAGGAGUUGUAUAUUUUAUUACCAGGAAGUUGAGGCCAGACGACUUACAAGCGAAGAGAGGGACUCGAAAGCUUUUUACUCCUCUGCCUAUGGAUCAACGACUAUUCCUUACCGACAGAUUUUAUCCUCGCUAACGUGCGCUGCAUCGCCUGUGAUCGAAAUCCAGCCUCUGAUUUUCCUGAUCUGUCAAUCUCCACCGUCGGAUAGUAUUAAUAGCCUCAGUUGCCUUCCCUGUAACUUAUGGCUGAGUGAUAACGUGCGCGACCGGAGUUUUUUUCUCUCUUAUACACUCUCUGCGAAUUAGGUUUAUGUGACGUGAGGAUUCUUGUAAAGACGACUCUGAUCUCUCGACGAAGUCUACAGUCUAAACCCUAAUUUCAAUUUCUCCCUCUACUACAUAGAUGAGAGAGGUUGGUGCGCGUUUGUGAUUGGUUGAAUUGCGACUAUGGAGAGGAAUGAGAUUGUGUGGGGCAGAGACGGUGCAGGUGGUGCUGGUGGUCGUGGCCGCAGCGGCGGAGGUGGAGGUGGAGGUGGAGGUGGGAAUAAUUGUAAAAGCGGUGAUGCGUUUAUCGAUCGCAGCAAAGUGAGAAUUUUGCUGUGCGACAACGAUAACAAGAGUGCAGAAGAGGUGCUCACGCUUUUGUGCAAAUGCUCCUAUCAAGUAACUUCAGUGAGGUCAGCCAGACAGGUGAUUGAUGCACUAAAUGCUGAGGGGCCUGAUAUAGACAUUAUUCUUUCCGAAGUUGACAUUCCCAUGGCCAAAGGCUUUAAGAUGUUGAAAUACCUUAUGAGGGAUAAAGAAUUGCGACGCAUUCCUGUGAUCAUGAUGUCGGCUCAGGAUGAGGUCUCUGUUGUUGUCAAGUGCUUGAGACUCGGAGCAGCUGAUUAUCUUGUCAAACCUUUACGCACUAAUGAGCUGCUAAACUUGUGGACUCACAUGUGGCGAAGACGGCAAAUGCUUGGAUUGGCAGAAAAGAACAUCUUCAACUAUGAACCUGAACUGAUGGCAUCAGAUCCUAGUGAUGCUAACACAAACAGCACUACUUUGUUCUCAGAUGACACAGAUGACAAGUCCUGGAGAAGUGCCAAUCCAGAAAUGUGCAUGUCAGCUCAUCAGGAAGAUGAGUCUAAAGCUGCCAUUGCUGCUGCUACUGUAGAGCCUCCACUUGCAGAUGCACUGGACUGUCGGCCUGAUAUGCCUGGAAUCAGUGACCAGCAAAUAGGUCAGUUUUCAGCAUUUUCAAAUAGGAGUGAACUAAAGAUUGGUGAGUCUUCAGCCUUCUUUACAUAUGUCAAAUCAAGCAUGUUCAAAAGCAAUAUCCAAGGGGUUGCUACUGUUGAUGAAAAUGUUCCCCAGCACUUGAGUACUGAAAAUAAAGUUGGCACACCUGGUGGACAAGUUGGGAAAGAAACCCAAGAACAUGAAAACAGAGAGGCAUCACAAGACAAUUCACUUGGAGAUGACUUUCCAAGCAGUAACAGUAUCCCUGAAUCUCUUUCUGUGGAGACGUCAUCUACCCCACCUGCACAAUUGGAAUUUAUACAACAAAGGAACUCAAAGAUGGAAGAGUUAUCUCAGGUGCAUAUGCAUCCAAGAAAUGAGUCUCACUAUGAUGCUUCAGGUUUCCAUGCGCAAACUGCUUAUCCAUAUUAUAUUCCAGGGGUAAUGAAUCAAGUUAUGAUGUCAUCAUCAGCAGAAAUGUAUCUAAAGAACCUGCAAGGUCUACAAAACCAUGCUACUUCAGCUAUGUUGACUCAACACAAUCAUAUUCCACAGUGUCAUCAUAUACCAGGAGUGGCAUCAUUUCCCUAUUACCCAAUUAAUUUAUGCCUACAACCAGGCCAGAUGCCUACUACCCACCCAUGGCCAUCAUAUGGAAAUGCAUCUUCCAAUGAAGAAAAAUUAGGUAAAGUUGACAGGAGAGAGGCAGCUUUAAUCAAGUUUAGGCAGAAGAGAAAGGAACGUUGUUUUGACAAGAAGAUUAGAUAUGCCAACCGAAAACGGCUUGCCGAGAGGCGGCCUCGUGUUCGGGGACAGUUUGUGAGGAAGAUAAAUGGUGUAAAUGUGGAUCUUAAUGGGCAGCCUAUUUCUGUUGAUUUUGAUGAGGAGGAAGAAGAGGAUGAGGAAGGGCAUACAGCUCAGGAUUAUUCUCCUGCGGAUGAUGCUUCAAUGUGUCGAUAAAGAAUUAGUGUUCAUCGAGGAAGGAUCUUUCAGGAUGGAUCUUUCAGUUCCCUAUGAGUGCUUCAGUGUGUGGGAAUGUUGUUUGAGGGUCACAGACUCACUUCAGUUUUGCAACCAAAUGGUUCCCCUGGAUUUCAAUUAAACUGGCCGGCUAAUGUUAUCAUCAGUAACUUUCCUCAUUUAAUGCCAAGUUGAUACUUUUGUUUCUCCUUGCUUUAAGUGAUAGUCUUAGAAGGCGCUACCAUAAGGGCCAUUAGACAAGGUACCUCAUGAAGUUGUGGAUACCAGGGCUAGGAAGUUAUGUAACACAAUAUUUGUUGUCUAUAUCCGAAAAGUUUCAUGACAUUGCCCAUCUUGGAUGAAUGUUAAAAAUGUCAAAGUUGUUGAUUAUGUACUCACAUUUUCAUGAGAACAAUAUGAUUAAUAUAUAUAUAUGAUCAGGCUUCAUAUGAUUGGAUUUA